AUGCCUCAAAUAUCCUACGUGCUUCCUGGACAACCUUCAAGACGCCUAGGCAAAGAAACAGAAGCCGUCCUCAAUGAAAUGCACGAGAUGAUCCUGGAGAGGUUGGGCGACAGUGGUAAGAAAAUGAUCGAGCUUUUCGACAACUCUGUUGGUCAAACUCGGGGCUGGGGAGAAACUCUGAUAUUUGCACCGAACAGUCCUGAAAAGGUUGUUCCUCACGACUAUGGCUUGGCGGCAAUGAUAGGAGAGAACACUGACUACACAGAGGCUUGGGAUGAGUAUGUACCUGAUAGUAUGCAACUCCGUAGUGGUCACCAGCUAUGUGUUGCAUGCAAAGCCACCUUCAACUAUUUCUGCGCGUUCCAAGCCGACCCAGAAAAGAUGAACAACAAUGUCUUGCACUCGGAGUCACUGCUGUCGGUCUUCAGGUCUGCCACAUCCCGCCGUUGCUACAUCUGUCAUCAGCUCUGGGAGAAGAUCAUCAAGAUGUAUCCAAAUAUGGUACCAGACAUGUAUCCCGACUACAGAAUCGAGUGCUGCUGGACCACCUACAGAAAUGAUAAUAAAGAGACCAAGAUGUGGAUGAUCAUGUAUAACCAUUCAAUGCGGAAGUUGCCUAUCUAUAACUAUCAGCAUGUACUGCGGAUAGGUAUCUGGUCAAGAAAGUACUUUGGCAAAUACUUUGAGAAGAGUAUUAAUAACCGAGACGUUACUGUUGCGGAUGAAGGGUCGAGUGACACUGCGGAUGGCUAUACCAACGAUAAUGACGAUGCGAAGGCUCUGGCUUUAUCAUGGAUGGCGAGAUGUAUGCAGAACGCCGAUGGACAACAUGAUAUAUGUAACCACCGCGACGAAGACUACCUCCCAACUCGUCUUCUCGAUGUUAAAAAGGCUCUACAAAACAAAGUGGUACGUCUAGUUUGCCCCAGUAAGAACGAAGAAGCAUUCAGGGGUACCGAGUACGCGUCUUUGAGCCAUUGCUGGGGUGCUCAUGGUGUAAAGGAGAACCCCAAGUUGUUAACUACCAACGUUGACCGCAGACAAGCUGAAGGCUUAGAUUGGAAGAACCUACCCAAGACGUUCCAAGAUGCCUUUGAAAUCGCAUCUUGGCUGAGCCUGGACUGGCUGUGGAUUGACUCGAUGUGCAUCAUGCAGGAUUCCGAGUCAGACUGGAAAGCUGAAGCGUCUGUGAUGGACCAAGUCUACAUAAACGCCAAGGUGAACAUUUCGGCGGACAAAGGUCAGGAUAGCCGAUCAGGUUGCUUUGCACAACGUCAAGAUGUCGACAUCACGCCUCUUCACUUUCAGGCCACUAAACUCGAAAAAGAAUGGAUGGUAACUACGGAGAACAGUUUCGGGUGGAUGGAAUCUGCACCUUCGCUCUCAAGGGCCUGGAUCCAUCGCGAGAGGCAGUUGUCAAGACGUAUCCUGCAUUUCACUGACAAGGAAAUUGUAUGGGAGUGCUGUGGAAUUGGAAAGGCCUGUUUCGCCAGCGAGACCAUGCCGUUUGGUUCGCCCUUCAAGAAGAUCUUCAAUGGAGAAACAAAAUUCCAAAUCCAGAUUGCAGAUGCCAUGGAUACGAAGCUGAGAAGACGAGAACAAAAGGAUAAGCUGCACACACUCUGGAACUCCACGUGUCAAGACCUCUCAAACAAGUCUGUCACCUAUGCCUCGGACCUGCCUAUCAUACUCUCAAGUCUAGCUAGGGAAUUUCAUACCCUGUUCGACGGUGAUGAAUAUGCUUGCGGCCUGUGGCGGUCAACUAUGGCCGAGUCACUAACCUGGUGGAUACCCGGCACUAAACCAGAGUAUGAAGGCUACAUUGCACCAUCAUGGUCAUGGCUCAGCGCUGCAUGCCCAGUAGAGCUGUACCAUCCGGGACAUCAACAGCACAAACGAGCCGUCGUUGACGUAUUAUAUAUCUGCAGGGCGUACGAGUCGCACCUGGAUACUGGCUUUGGAAAGCAUGCCGUUGGAACAUCCAUGGGUGUGAAUGGCUUUUUGCGCAAGCUGCAUUUUUACUAUACGGGUCCUACAGCAGAUGGUAUCGUACUGAGUGUCGUUGAAGAGGAUGGCCAUGGCAAUGAUCUUAUCCGUAGCAUCGGCGGGGAUUGGGAUGAAGACGAAGGGAUGAUGUUCCGCAUGACGACGGAUGGUUGCCUCAACCUGCAAUCCCGUGAAUUCGAAUGUUACGGUCUUUUCACCACAUUGGACGAGUGGGCACCAGAUCGUAGUCAAUGCCGUCGACGGCUGGCCUGUGUUCUUCUUGAGCAUGAAUCGGCAACUAAUAGUGGUCCCCAUACUUAUCAUCAGUACAAGAGAAUCGGCACGCUUGACGAUAUCAGCGACUUCUACAGCUUUAAGCUACGUUACCGAGUUACCUCAGACGCAAGAGUUCCAGAGGCUGGAGUGCCACGAGAUGAACGGGACGAAAAUGCUACAGACUACGCCGGCCCGCCAGCGCCUGAGACAUGGUUCCAAAAGGAUCAUGGUCCUACCAAUGGUAAGCUGGAUCGGAAAGAACGUGGGGAAAGCUGUCGAGUAGGGACUAUUCUGAAGGGGGAUGACCAAUCUUCCUGCGAUGAACAAUCAGAUCAUGGUGACGGGAUGAAACGUGAACCGCUAGAUGACAUAUGGUACUUGCUAGCACAAUACGUCGGUUGGGUCCGCUGGAUAGCUAUUCGCGAAUCCAGGGAGAACGAAGAACCAGAAUCGACUGUGUACUCGACUUCCGGAGAGUCAGAGACAGAUCAGAGCGAAUUCGAAGAAGAGGAAGAAGGAAGCCAGGAUGACCAGCUGCAUGACAAUUGUGCAGAUAAGGAGAGUAGUGCAGGUGAUAAAGCUGCCAUGUCGAAUAACGACAACGGGAGCAGUGGAAAGAUAUUGACCUCUCCCAAGAUGGACGGCGGUAACGGAGAGUCCUUGAAGGAGACGAUUCCUGAGGGACGUGGAAUCCACUCUUCUUCAUCUACAGGCUUUAUGCCCACCACCGAAACAAACGGAGGGAACCAAGAUGCGGAAGAUGGAAAUAGUGGCAAGGGUGAUACAAAGGAGGAUAAGAAGGACGAGAAGCGAAAGAGAAAUCGUCAAGAAACUUUACAUCUCGGGAGUGUGAUUUUGAAAAUCCAUGACCAUGCCUCUUCGGGGCUUGAACCCAUCACUGGCGCUGAGAACGAAGACGAGGCCUGGGGUCGUCUACAGGAAGUGCUAUGGUUCGAAACACAAACUCGGGCGUACGGGGCAAAUUAUGGCGAGGACCCCAAGGCUGCCAUGUAUCAGUUUGACGACGUAUUGGAAACGUGGCAAAAGACAUAUGGUGUGGUUCCAUGGUUAGAAAGGUUGGAUAUUUCCAAAUUUGGGAUAGUCUAA